UACUUUUUAUACAUAAACACCAUAAAUGCUUUCACUAGAGAGCAUUAGUUAUAAAAUUAUUAAGUAAUAUUAGCAACGUCUUUAGCAGCCGAAAGUACUUCCCAUGGAUCGCAGCUUGGAUUCAAUUGGCAGCUGUUCACUUGAUGUUGAUGCCGAUUCAUCCGAUAUAUCAGACACCAGCGGCAGCUUGAACUUUCCCACGCCGCUCUCAGUGAAGGACAUAACGCGUGAGUUUACAACGAACAUCAAGGAGCGUUGCAUACUGCGCUCGCCGCUGCAGCCGCAGAGUCCCAGAGUGACCAACCACAGCGCGGCCUACAUCAAUCUGGAGUCAGCUGGCGGCGUAGUGCGCAUGGUGCUGUCACCGCCAACGCCAUCCAACGCUGCUGCGGCUGCAAAUACAACAACAGUCGAUCUCAUCGUCGAUGCUGUGGAGAAGAAGCCAAGCUAUCUAAAUUUGGCUUGUUGUGUCAACGGCUAUAGCAAUCUUACGACCUACGAUUCCAAGAUACGCCAGGACAUCAACAAGUCGCGUGAAGUGUCACCCAUACGCCCAUCGACGAGUAGUCUGCAGUAUUGCAAGCGCAACAAUUCGCUGGCGGCGCCACAGCUGCACAGCAUGCCGCUGACCAAGCAGCCUGCCACAACGCUGGCCAACAAAUACAACGAGACUAACAACAACAACAACAACAACCACGAGCACAGCAAUGGCAAUGGCAAGCUGCAGAAUGGUGAUGACUACUACAAUGGCAGCCACAAAUCCACCAGCAGCUUUAUUCAGCAGCGCGUAGAGCGUCUCUAUGGACCCGGUGCAUUGGCGCAAGGCUUCUAUAGUCCCAAAAAGCACAGCUCCGGGCAAUCGCCGCGUCAGUCCAAUGCACAGCAGCCGCAACUGGAGCGUGAGCUGUCGCCGCAGCGCAGCGAGCUGGCGCGCAAGUUUAAGCAGCUGUCACCCAGCAAGGACUACGGCGAGUUUCGCAAGAAGCUGCAUAGCAAUUGCACGCGCGCGCAAGUGGAGCAACUGACGACGCUGACAACAACGACAACAAUACAUGUGCCCAAUGGUGAAACGGAUUUGCCCGUAUUUCGUCAUCUGAGUCACGAGUUUCGCGCUCAGCUGCCCACAGUGUCGCCCAAGCGCUGCAUACCGCGUGUUUCGCCAGCGCCCGAGGUGCUGCUGCCGCUGCAGUCAAAUGGUGUGCCCUUGGAUGUGGUGGAUCAUGAGCCGCUAAAGCCAGCGCAGCUACGCAGUGAGGAGUAUAUAAGCACUACCAAGAUUUUGGCAGCUGCAGAGCCGUCGCCGCCGCCGCCACCAGCCACUGUUAGCCCACCCGCUGUGCUGGAUAACGCAUCAACAACAACAUUAGUGCCAGCGCCUGUGGCUGAAGUGCGCGAUGGCACUUACUUUUUGAAAAUACUCAAAGCGGAGCAAGUGCGUCUGCUAGCGCUGGCGGCAACAGGUGAAAAGUAUUUGGAUGCAUUAACAGACAAUCCCAAAGUCACUGAGGAUACGCUGGGACUGCUGCGCUCAGCUGCUGGCAAAGCGCGUCUGCUGGUAGCGCAGAAAAUGAAGCAAUUUGAGGGUCUUUGUCACAACAAUUUGAAUCGCUCACCGGAGGAUGCAUUUCCCACUACGCUGGACGAUCUGCAGGGCUUUUGGGAUAUGGUUUAUUUGCAGGUGGAGCAUAUAGAUUCCAUAUUUGCUGACAUUGAGCAGCUGAAGGCCAACGAUUGGAAGCGCAUUAGCGAGCCCGCGCCGGCCAGCACAGCGAUUAGCAAAUCAACCAGAACUGCAAAAACAACAACAACAACCAAGUCUGCUGGCAAUCAAAAAGCAAAAACAGCAAGUGUAAAUACCUCAAAGGUGGCCGCUUCGAAUUCAGUGGCUGCCAUGAAACGUGAGGCGCAACGUAAACAAUUGUUGGAGAUGAAGCGUCAGCGACGCGAAGCUUUGGCAGCUGCCGCUGGCGGCGGCGAUGUUGGUGCUGUCGCUGUCGCUGAGGAUGUUGCUGCUGCUGCUACUGCCGUUGUGCUGGACACUGUUGCUGUGGCCGUUGAGCUGCCCAGCCAGAUUGGUGAUACUACAACUUGCAACGUUGGCGUUCAGAACAGCAGCUGAAUUUUGGUCAAGCAAUACGCAACUCAACAUGCUCUCUAGUUAAUAGAUUUAUAUUAUUACAACUAACUCACUCACUCACUCACACACACACACACUCACUCACAUACAUUAUACACUCAUUUACAACUCAACAUAGAAAGCAAAGUUUAACGAAUUGAAUGAAGAAGAAAAGAAGUAACGUAUGCUUAGAAAUUCCUAGUUGAAUUAAUCCUUAACUAGUCCCAACUAAAACAAACAAUUAUUAUUAUAUUUAUAUGCACACGGUGUGAGCUUUUAAAAAAUAUACAAAUUAUAUAAUUAUUAGUGUCACAAGCCCAUUAAUUUGUCACAAUUGAGAAGAGAAAAGUGUUAAAGAAAAAAUAUUUUUGUGACCGCAUGCAAUUUAUUUGGUCUUUAUCGUUAUCAAUGUUAACGGCUCAUCGAAAAUUGUUUAUAAAUUUUGCCUUAUCUACGUGUGUUUUUGCUCGUUAAAUCAUUUUUGCUGUGCACUUUGUAGAACUUAACAAAUUAAAAUUUGUACAUGUUUUUUAUAUAAACAAGAUCGCCUACAGACAUACAUACAUAUAAUUUAUAAAAGACAUUUAUUUUUGUGUAAUUGUAGUAGCUAUUUAAGUAAAACAAACAUAAGAAAACGAAGCAACACCAAUAACAACUUUAAACUUCAAGCUGAAACUUUUGUAUUACAUUUAAAAUUUUGUGAACGCAACAUAACUGAGAAUCUUAAUUGUAAAAAAAAAAACAAAUCAAAACAAAAACAAAAUAUAUAUAUUUUUCGGCAAGUUAGCUGCAAGUAUUGAGAUUUAUUAAUUUGUAAGUUAAAACUAUUGCAAGUAAGCAUGGCAACAAAAAAAAUGCAAACAAAUCUCACUCUUGAUUAAUUUAUAA